CCUACGCCCAAUCGACGCCCUUUUCAGGUCUACGUGUUCGCGAUUCUGUGGAGGAAAUAAUCUCUGUCUGCUUCUCUUCUAUUUGUUCAUGCAGCAGAGGCGGGAUACUGGUCCGGGUCUGGGGAUUCUCGAUCUGAAAGGAAACAGUAGCAGUACUCCCGCGACACCACAAAGGACGAAUUCACGGCCACUGGGGGAUGAACCACCACAAUCUAAUUCUGCAGGAACAAGGCCCCCCUCGCGCUCUGAAAAUGACACCGCGAAUCGGAUAAAUCAGCCGGGGGGGUAUCCUAUUUCAACAGGACCACAGGUACAACCGUACGGGGGAGCGUCUAGCCAACCAUAUUAUCCUGCAAUUCGUUUCGUAGACCAGUCGGGUGGGCCUCAGGGGGGACAGUCACGACCUAUGAUUCCUACAUCUGUGAUGGCCCCCCGCGUGCAGCCUCCCCAGAAGCCUACGGCAAAAACAUCAACAAAAUCAGAGAGUAACGGAACAUCACGAGCGCCCUCAAGGACAAGGUCGGAUCCCGUACCGAGCCCAUCAACGUCUGUGCAUCCGUCACCCGUGGAAACGAGACGUGACCUUCUACCGCGUCAAGGGCCCAACCCGCCCUUGAACUUUCAGUAUGAGCACGGACCACCCGUACCAAGUCCAUCGACGUCCAUGCGUUCGUCGCCCGUAGAACCGAGACAAAACUCUACGCGUCAAAACGUACCGAACACGCCCUUGAACUUUCAAUACGAUCUUCCUUUGUUCCGGCAUCCGCAAUCUCAGGCUCAGCUCGCUCCAGCGCCGCAGCGCCGACAUAACGGUGACCCCAGUGCGCCACCGGAGAUACCCUCAGCUCAGAGGAGGCAGUCGGACCAGAGCAUGGCCUCCGCUUCGUCUACCACGCCUUCCUCCGCUGUCGGGCCCUCUCCAACCUUAACUAGUCCCUUUUCUGCCCUCGGUCCAGCUACAGCUCCACCUUUUAUCAGAGAUCUUGCUGCAAGUGCCCUCGGGGCUAUCCAGUCAAAGUUCGAGGAUGCCUGGACCGCUAACGUGGGCGCGUUCCAAGGCGAACUGACAAAAAUGUACAAGGACCUCGAACGCGCUCAGGAGACGAUCAGCAGGCUAAGGAAAGAGAGGGAUGAUGCACGCGAUACCGCUCAUAGCAUAGCUAUGGAAAACGAAAGGUUAAUGGUCCAGCUCGACCACGCUCAGCGAACCAAGGGGCCGGGACCACCGAGAUACGAGCCUCAGGUUCGGGUAAAAGAGGAGCAAAGGUCGACGCAUCCUUCACCGUUCGAUGUGCGGAAGCCGCUUACCCCAGCCGAGGAUUCCAAGCCUACGGCGUUCUCUGCGCCGACGAUGAUCCGCUUCUCGUCACCAUCUGUCGCAACGAUAGAGGACCCGGCAGGGAGAAGACGAGCGAAAUCCCCCAUCCUACCUCGAUCCAUGGAGCAGCCAAAGCAUGCCCGACGGUCGAGCUCGGAUAUGGAUACUAAAGACCUGGACAACAAGGGCGCGGCCUCUCCGGCUACGUACCUCCCUAGGUUCUCCCAGCUCGACUUGCCGGCUAUCAAAGCGCAUUCGCCUGCACCGGAGCGAGCGCCGUUCAAGAACAAUCAGCCGCUGCCGUCACCUCAUCAGGGAGGACCCUUUCAGUUCAAGAGUCAACCUCCUCAUCCUCCUAAUAAUAACCAUGCUCUUCCCCAGCUCCAGCCUCCCAGCCAACUGUCGCCUCACGAUCGUCCUCGUUCAUCUAAUCAGAUGUCGCGUCCGGGUACGUCUAAUCAAAUAUCGGCCCAGUAUCGUACGGAUACCUCUAGUCCAAUAGCGCCGCCGUUUAAAAGUGCUCCUCCCCUUCCGCCGUCGUACCAUCCAUUGUCACAGCAGUCACCUGCGCCUGAACGGGAACGGGAAAGGGACCGUGAACAUGGACCUCCAUCCAAGAGUCACCUGCCCCCACCACCGAACCAGACUUCGCCUCAUCAUCCUGGUACAAAUCAACCGCCGAAUCAUUCAUCACCACCCCAGCAUCAAAUACGUCCUCACGCUGGUCCGUCAAACCAACAUCAGAGUCGUACUCCGAUGAUGCAACAACAUCAGCGUCGUCCAAGUGGAUCGGAUCACGCCUCUCCUCCUCACCAAGCUCCUCAGAUGUCACCUCCUCAACAACAUCAGUCGCGUACUCAUAUGCCGCCACAACCGCAACCUCCACUUCCACCUCCACCUACCCAAACAUCGCCUACGAACCAGAUGCCCCAAGUCGUCCCAUUCCGUCCAUUCAAACGUAGUCGGACGGCGUAUGAAAGCGACCAUGCCGCCGAGGUGCCUACGUCCUCUCCUCCAGAUGCAAAGGUGACCAAGACGGCUCAUCAGACUGCACCAAGGGAGCCUUCCGUCAAGCCUGAGCCGCCGGAACCUCAAGCGAACGGUAGUGGAGACAGCGAUAAGGAACAAAGACCUCCUGAUCCCGAACCUGGUCCCUCGGCACCGGCGCCUGCACCACCACCACCGCCCCCACCCCAAGGACGAGCGCCGUUCAAAGCCUCGUCGAGCUCUAAUGCUGCGCCGCCCCCGACGAAGAAGAAACUCGGUAUUAAGCACCUCGAUCUCUUAUACGAGACAAGGGAUGACCAGAUGAUAUGUCGGAUGUGCAUGAACUCGACGCAAACACCUCGACCGCCGCCUCGGAGGUUCCCGCUGAGUGCGCCGUGGGCAGACCUGCAUCGGCAUUACGAGGAGACGCAUCCUGCAGAGUGUCAGGAUAUGGAAAAGCUAAGCUCGGACUCUCUCGCGGAGAUGUCGGUGCGGCAGAGAAUGGGUGUGGGGAAGGGCGGGGUGAAGGGGCAUUCAAAAUCAUAGUUUGCUGUGUCUUGCUCUCUUGCAUUUUUGUUUUCGUGCUUCAUCGUUGGUAUUUCUGUAUAAGCGUAUCGUACUUUUGUAUCUUUAGUCGUGCAUAGUAUACGUGUAUUCAUUCAUGAUCAUGG